CUGCUGGUGAUGAUCAUCAAGGGCUUGGUGACUGCGGGUGAUUCACACAGAAUCCUUGGGUAACUUGAUUCACACAUCGCCACGUGGCAUGGCGGACAGGAUAUGCCAUGUGGUUUGUUUACUCACUCUCUUGCAGGUUUGUUGUUAGUCGGCGUUCUGAAACAGAACGUAGUUGGGUGAAAGGAGGGUUUUUCUCAACGCGGUGGGAAUGGUGUCUGCCCAGUGAAAUGGUUUCUCUUUUUCUGAAUGUUCGAGGAUGUGCGAGGGAAACUUCAGAUGAUUGAUCCUGAUGGUAUGCUAGAUUUCUGUGCAAACAUGUAGAGGAGGAACAUACAUUUCUGAGGACAAGGGUAUUUGUCCGCGUGAAAUCUCCUGCACCUGAUUUCCUGUGUCGAUCGUAGAGUUACAGUCUGCACCGGUGUUCGCGACCGAACUGGGUUCUUCCUGUCCCAGCUACUGCACCAGCAAUUUGGAAGGAGUGGUUGGUUUUAAAUCUCUUAAGUCUCAAGUGAGUGGAUAUUGCCCCAAAAGCACCCUGAACUCCUGGUAGUGUGAUUUUCCAGCUGCUUCUUUCGGGUGGCUUUCCCGGAUCGCAGCUGCAUGCGGCCCAGUUGAGAUUGGGCCUCCGACUGCGGGGAAGUCUUUGUGCAGCCAUGGGCGUGCUGAUCUUGCUGACCUUGAUUGGUCUUGUUUCAGGAGCUCACGUGCGACCACUGCACGAUUCCAGCCUGGAGCAUCUGCAUUGGAAAGGUCAAGUCGACAGUUUGGACGAAUACUUGGCAUUGACUAGUCUUACAGAUCCGAUGCCCAAGGCACCCAAUCUCGAGCUCCAUCGCAGGCGAAUGUACAUCGAGUGGACGCUGCUCUUCACGUUGGUGCCAUUGAUUCCGGCAGUGACCCUGCUGGUUCUAUAUAUGGGUUCUGCGAGGACGCCGAGCAGAGAAUGUGACGCUGCUGAUGAUGCUGCUGAGGGCGGCUGACCGCGGCGGGUCGCGGGCGUCCGUUUCGAGCGGGAGAUCCGGAGAUCUGCGGCGACCGGACGGACGGUCGUCCAUGUGAGUCCAUGUUUGAUCAUGUUUCGUUCAUUUGUCG